GUCGAAUUCAUUCAGUUGCCGGUAACUACGAUCGUGGAAGCGCGUUUCACCGCGACUAGUUUUCCCGCGAAAGCAGAUAGUUACACACUUUUCUUAUUUUCAUUAUAGCAAGGGAUUGCCCAAUUUUCUGUUUUUAUGAUUAUUUAGAUUCUAUGAGUAUUUUUACAUAGAUUGUGGAUGGGUCAAGGUGCAGUGUAUUAGAAAUCGGGCAUCAUGCCAGUUUGUUUUGGUAAACAUUGAGAUAUUAAAAUACGCAAUAUUAUAAUUAUUAAGUCUGCUAUGGUGGCUCCGUAUCUCGUACUAUGAUUGCUUACAAAUAAUAAAGUACUUUAAUAUCUAACCGCGCUAUGUGAUCUGGAAUAUGUUAAUCGUUUAACAUACGCAAGACAAUUGGAAAUAAACAUCAAAAGUAUUCAGAUCAAUAAGGAAAUAACCUUAGGAAAUAACAUAUUUGAGCGAUGUUAUCGUGAUAUAAUUAAAUUAGAACUGUUAUGAAGCUCUAAUAGUAUGACUGAAGAGUUGAAAUCAGCUACCCAAGAAGGGUCAAGCCAAGUAGAGAUCGAGCCAAUAAGAAAUAUAACCAAAAAAGUUCAUGUGCCUCAGAAAACCUUGGAGUCGAGAUUAUGGGAUCUUUUGCAGCCUGUAGCCAGAUUAUGGGGUCUCAUAACGGCUGUAGUAAUGAGCGGUGCUGGGGCAGAGCUAACUGUAUUGCAAUACGACUUAGCACCGGCUUUGAUAGCCGGCGCUACCCUGGUAUUUAUUCUCGAGACUAUGUGGGUUAUAGCCCUAUUCGUUGACCUAUUGGGUCGGCGAGGCGAGUACACACUGGGUCUUCGGUGUUGGGACUUCAUGAGGUGGUCCUGCGGGAGGGCCAGAGCGCCAUUCUACGCGUGUGCAGCCACCGCACUAUUGUUUGCCAACCUGACAUUACUUACAACAAUAUCAGGUGGUAUGCUGCUAAUCCUAGCAGCCCUUCGCGCCGCAGUUCCAUUCUCUCCCUACGCCAACCACGGACCCCAUUCGCCCAGAGCGGGGAGCUCUUUGCUCACCCAGCAUGAGCCCAAUCUGCCUGAUGUUUAUUAUAAUGCUGCCAAUGCUACUGACGAUAAGUGCGAGGAGAUGACCGUCAUAAACGUAAAAACUCCAAGUAAAUCACGUUCCGUUACGCCCAAGCCAUCCCUUUUGGAACUUUAGCUUAUUUUAUGACUUUUAGAUAAUUAUUGGUACAAAUAAAGAUUUAUACAAGUAUGAAAAAAAAUACUCAUAAAGUCAUAAUUAUUGUAGAUUGCAUAAUGCUGGUUAUAAUAACAAUUAACACUGCACUAAAUCGUUUGUUUAUUGUGUUAAACCUUAGUGUUAAACGAUAACCUAGGCAUAAUUAAUAAUAUUAUUAUAUUCGUUGAAAUAAGAAACUAUUUAUAUUUAGCUACAAGUUUUAUUUAUUUUCUACUUUUACAAUGUUUUUUGGUUUUUCUAAAAUAAAACCAUCUGUGAUAGUUUAAUUUCUACAUUAGGAUAUCUGUGCCCAUGUUUUUGUAUUUUAAUUAUGGUGUUUAAGAAAUAUUCGAAUGAUA